UAGGGGCGUGUUUUCAGACGCCUACAUGUUAUGAUCAAUCAGAUUACAAUAUAAUUGAUACAUAUGGAACACGCACUGGUCAAGGUGGAAGCAGUGACACGAUUUUCAACAUGAACUAUCCGCAACCAACGGAACAUUUCCAAGCAUUCAGUUCUGUAUGGCAUGACCUCAAAUGGACAUUUGAUUCAAACGAAUUCCCGGAGGCAGCCAUUAAUUCUGAUACAGGAGAAAUAUUCAUCACUCGGAAUAUCAGCAUCUGGCCAUCAUGGCCGACACAAGAUUACAACCAAGUGGUACGGGUGUCCAACUCAGAGUCUUGUUAUUCUUCAACGUGCAGUUUUAAAAUUCGGAUCCACUUCACUAAUUGGCCAAUAGAAAUUCGAAGUUUACCUUUAACCGUCUACCUUCACGAAGAUUAUGAUCUGGAAAUGAAAAUACAUUCAUUGGUCACCUUUGAUUAUAAUUACCACCUGGAAGACAAUGUCACGUGCCAAAUAGUCGACUGGUUUCCGAAAGAAGAUAAUAUGUUUGAACUCAGGCAUGACGGGAACCAUGAAUAUGAUUCGUACAGCCUUUAUAAGCUGAGAUGUCAAGAUCCAGAUUGCGGUUACAAAUACCAACAACCAAGGGCUUACUACUGUGAUACUGAUAUCGGUUGCUUGACUCACAACCGCACUCAAGAAUAUACCGUAACAAUACAGUGUUGGGACGCGUACAACUCAACCGACGUUGAGAACUUGACGUUUCGUGUUGUUAAAAAUGCUUUGCCUGCCUACAUAAAUUUGCCUACAAAAGUUGAACUUCAUCGACAGAACGUCUCAUAUCUGGACACCAUUUUCGAGAUUAUGUACUCGGACGCUGAAAAAGAAAACUUGAUUUAUGAAUAUUCAUACCAAGACGUUGACACUAAUGUUGAUCCGGGGUAUUUCCUGGGAACUUCUUGGGGAAACUAUUACAAUCAACUAGGCAACAUAACCAUGACGACAUAUCUAUGGGAUAAGGAAGUCAACAAAACUUACAAGAUUCACGUUUGUGGUCACGAGAGGAGGAACGAGAUUUGUGAAGAUCUCAUUGUUGACGUUAAAGAUUUUAAAAUUCCCCCGGAAAUUACAAAUUUACCUGAUUCAAAAACAUUUCCUGAGGAUACCCCUGUCGGAGCGACUUUAUUUACGGCGGCGAUAUCAAAUCCUGACGUUGGAGAAUCCAUUACAGUUACCGUUAGUGUGGACCCAGACUCAGAGCAAUCGGUGUUCAAUUUGGAUACCUUAAACGGAAUUUUGACUCUUGGCAAGAUUCUUGACUAUGAACGUGUCAAUAGCUACAUGUUAACGUUCUCCGUAAGAGAUGACUAUCUUGAUGGACAAGCGGAGAAAACUCUGAAAAUUUCCGUGACAAACGUCAAUGAAGGCAACUCCAUAAGUGCUACAACAACUACUAUAUCAUUUACAGAGGAUACGACUGCAGGCACGGAGCUAUCAGAUCCUGAAUUGUCUUGCACUGAUAUAGAUGGUGACACAACACAAUACGCCAUACAGAGUGGUCUAUAUAAUGACUACUUUAGUAUUGACAGUAAAAAUGGACGCAUCGCACUUGUAAAAGUAUGGGAUUUGGAAGACUCGAGCACAACUUUACCUUCAUCGACAUCUUUGAUAAUAAGUUGUACAGAUCUUGGCGGUCUUAGUUCAACAACAGCAAUAACGGUGAACGUACAAGACGUCAACGACCACGCGCCUGUUCUUUUGAUUGAUGCAAAUUACAGUCAACCAAUAGCGAUAAACGCUUCAACGAAUUUGAACACUAACCUCAUGACGUUUAGCGCGAGCGAUUUAGACUUUAGUGAUGACAACAACUUUGGUUUUGAGAUCAUGAGUGAAGGAGUCGGGGCUGAAUACUUCCAAAUAGUUAAAUCUGGACCUGCGACAGCAAUACUUAGACUGAAGAAAAAUGCAGAUUUCACUAAUGAUCAAGUAUUUCCUAUCACAAUCAAUGUAUCCGACGGAGAAACAAUGCCAUUAUUUGAUGGCGAAACUAUCUCUGUGAUUUUCACUGCUGGAGAUCCCGACGCUGAUAAAUCGAAACCAAAAGAUUGUUUUACCUGUACAACUACUGGCAUAACAUUGUUAAUUGUACUCGUUGGAGUAUCUGUUGGACUGUCCAUUUUACCUAUUAUUUUCAUUUGCUGCAAAUUGAAAAGUGAUAGUGCCGUGCAUACACUCCCUAAUAUGGAAAACCAAAGUAUGCAACAAAUCUCUGAACAGCCAAUAACAGUCAGUGAGCUUUCUGGGGAACAUGAAGGUAGCGCCAUAGAAAUUAGCCAAAUGGGCCGAACGUGUAUUGACAAUGGAAGAAGUGAAGAGUCCAACAUUCACUCUAUCAUUAUGUAAUCUGAUAGCGAUAGAUAAUUUGCUCGAUAACCUUUGAUUUUUGUCAUCAGACCCGAAGCUAGCCGCAGCAAAGUUAACCACUACCUACAACUAGAUCAAUGAAACUUGACAACUGAUGCCACCUAUGUUUGCAACCAAGAAUAUCAACAAUAUUUCUGAUUAUUGUAUAAAAAUGUAUAAUUGUAUCUGAAAUUUUUUGUGAAAAGUACAUUGAAUAUUGCAAAGUAUGAUUUAUGGUUAUGGCAAAUUUGUUAAAAAUGAAAACAUUCUUUUUGUUCUUGCAAUGUAAUAUGCUUCUGAAUUUUUAUGUUGUUUACCUUUUUAUUAACAUUUUUUACAUUAACACAUGUAUUCCUGGAGAAAGUUGUUGUUAUUGCAAUUAUUUUCUUAUUGUUUAAAAAAGUAAUAUACAGAAAUUCAAGUUGUUCAAAAAUUUGUUUCAUAGCUUGAGUAUAAACAGUAGAAGUUUCUAGUGUGUAUGUCUCAGCCACCUACGCAAAUUUUAGUUCACAUUAAACAUUUACAAUAACUUGAAAUAUAGAUGUGUAUCUUUGACUCAUACGGUCAAUAACUUUAUGCAUUUUAAGCAACUGCUUCUUUCGUCUCAAAAUUUUAAUUAUAAAUUAUCUAAAGUACUCCAGACCUAGAUACAUGUAUCUACAAGAAAUUAGCAUGUCAAUUAACACGGAUCGAACAAUGAUCCUUUCAAUAUCCAGAUUGUAUGACAAAAUAUUCGAAACCCCAUACAUAAUGUUAGUAACAUAUGGCAUCGAAAAUAAUCCCAAUUAAUGUAGCGGUUUAUUAAUGACUCAUAUCAUACAAGAAAUUUAUUUAAAAGUGCAUUUUGAUUACAUGUAUCUUACUUGAAAGAUUUCUUUACUUGAUUGAUUGAUUAAUUUUCUGACAAUGCAACAUAUAUGAAUAAUGGACAAAAACAAAACUCUUAUUUGAAAAACUAAAUAUUAUAAAUGAAUUUGAAAAUAUUUCUGGUAUCAAACUGGUCUCGAGCCAAAUAUAUUAAAAUAUGGUGUCUUGAAGUUGGAGCCAUAAAAAAUCUAAAAUGGGUUGAAAAUAUGAACUUCAUCUAGAUAUCAAAAGAAACUAAGCGCAGACUCUAAAAUGAGUAUGUUAAACUUGGGACCUAAACUGCAAGAAAUAAACAAUGGUAAGGUCGUAAAUCAGCAAUAAUGGGAAGUCACCUAUGUUACCUGUAAAACUUUGCCCCGUACUUCGCUUCAGAGUUGUUAAAUUUUCCAGGUCCUUUGGGCUCAUGGAUUCAAGCUUGUAUAAGGGUAGAAGAUUGAAUACCGCUCAAGCCGCGGCAAGUGGGCAUGAGAGAUGUUGUACUUUUACAUUAUCUCUUAAUAAGAUCGAGUCUGCAAUCUUCAUACACUACUUUUGUUUCACUGUUUACGAUUUUGUUGUUUCACUGUUUACAAUAUUGUUUUUUACUGUUUCCGAUGGUUCAUCCUUUUUUUCAUUGCUUUCUGUAAAUACAAAGGAAGAUGGCCACAUAACCGCCAUAUUUUUAAACUUAUCAAAGUUAUUUGAACAAUUUUGAAAUAUGUAGAUGUUACCUUAUGUUAUAUUCUGUUUUCCUAGUAUAAUUAAUGUAUGUAUCAGUUGGAAGAUAGAAAACUAACUGAAAUGAAACUCUCAUGUUUCGUAUGAAUCAAUCUGACUGCUAAUGAUUAGCAUGUGCGGUAGCAUUUUAAACCUUGAAUCUGUUCAGCUUGGAUUUGUAACAGUCUACAUCUACAUCUACAUUAUACUGCUUCAAAAUCGUAAUCAAUUACACUUAGCAGGUGCGUUAUCUGGGAAAAAGCUGUUAAAAAUCAAAUAUGUUAAGUGCAAAUUUAAAGACAUAAGGUUAAAGCAAGUUAAAAAGAACUACAAAACUGAAAUAGAAAUUAAAAACAAACCUGUCUAAGAACUGGUAAAAGGGAUGCAGCUACCCAGUAAAGAGGUCUAAACUGGGACUAGCUUGUAAGAACACGGGUAGGCCUUUCCACAGACGAAUAUUUCUGGGGAAAAUGAAUAGGAGUUGAAUAUGGUAUAAGUAAGUUCAGGUUUCUAGUGGGUGUCAGAUGGUGAUGGUCGACCCUCACAAGAUUGUGUUGGAUUUUGUAGAGAAAUGUAACAGAGCUGAUGUCGCGCCUCUGUUCUAGUGUUUGCCAAUUAAGUUCACUUAUCAUUUUUAAAUGUUUGGAUAUUGUCAAUUUAUCUAAUGUUGUCUGGUAAAGAAUUCCAGUCUUUUAUGGCAUUGUAGAAAAAUGUAUUUUUAACAUAAGAAUCAUUUUGAGGCAAAACAAAAUUAAAAUUACUAGAUCUUAAAUUGGAUAUUCUACAGACCUUAAACAAUUCCUUUAAAUAAGAAGGGCUUUUGUUG